AUGUUGCUUGGGUUUCCAUUUGAUGUGUGGGUUGUGAUGGCUGUAGAAUUUACAGAGCGUUUAGCGUACUACGGCACAUCUUUUAUGCUAAUGACGUAUUGUACCAGUAUGCUGCGCUGGUCCCCCAGUGUUGGGAAUGCGGUAGUGAAUGGCCUUUAUACUCUUACCCCAGUAGCCGCCUGUAUUUCUUCUGGAUUGGCAGAUGGAAGAUGGGGACGCAGAUAUUCAUUAGUUGUAUUUCUUUCCAUUUAUGCGGUAGGACUUUCACUUCUUGCCCUUUCAUCGUUUCCAUUUAUGUAUGGAGAUUUUCCACUUUUUCCAUCUGUAGAAAGUAUUUUCUUUUUUUUAUUGGGUUUAUUAUUAUUUUCCUCCGGUUAUGGUGGGAUGAAGGUGUGUACAAAUCCAAUCAUGGCGGAUAGUGUAGCGGAAUUAUAUAAAGAUAAUGAGGGAAAAUGUGCGGAAAUGCUUUCACGACUUUUUCGAUGGAUCUAUUCUGUUACAAAUUGUGGUUCACUUGUUGGUAUCUUUGUUCCUCCAUUACUUCGUGGUCUUGAAAAACGAAAAACUUCUAUUGGUUCUAUUACAUAUACGACAGGUUAUUAUUAUGGAUUUUUACUUUCAGCAGCUUCUUGUAUAUUAGGACUAAUUUUAAUGAUAAUUAUGUAUCGAAUAUUUAAAACAAGUAAACAGGUUCCUUCCUUUUUACUUGGACGUAUUUUAUUAAGAUCUAUUCGUAUACGUUGGUAUUUUGCUACUGGAUAUAUUCAAGAUGAUGUCUUUUUGCGUGUUCAUAAAUGGGAUUUGCUAGAUUACGCUGCUUAUCCUCUUAAUAGAGAAGUUUCUUCUUCUUCUUCUUUAGGUCAUGGUACUACUUCUUCUUCAUCUGAAGCUAUGCGUCCUAUAUUUAAAGAUGGCACAGGUUUAUCAGAAACUUUAUGGAAACCAACAGAAGAAGAAAAAAAUGAAAGUAGUAUAAAACAUAAAAAUGUAGUACCAGAUAAUAAUAAAAAACAAGAAGAAUCAAAAAAUGGUUUUAAUAAUUCUCCUGAUGUUCAUGAUUCUACAUUAAAUCCUAUUGGAGAAAAUUUUUCAGAACCACUUAGUUUAAGUAUUGUUGAAGAUGCAAAAAAAGUUGUUGCUGUAUGUCGUGCUUUUAUUGCUUUACCUGUAUAUUGGUUAAUUACGAAUCAAUUUAGUUCAAAUUUAAUUCUACAAGCUGCAGCAUUAAAUCUUCCACAUUAUAUCCCUCCAGAAGUAUUUAAUAAUGUAAGCGUUUUUGCUCUUCUUAUCUCUUUAUUGCUAUUGGAUCGUAUUAUAUUUCCUUAUAUGUAUCAUGGGCGUUCCCCACCGAUGCGGGGACGUGCCGUAUGUGGAUUUUUAAUAAUGAUUAUUUCUAUGAUAUGGUGCGGUUUUGUUCAAAUAGGUAUAGAUAAUCGGGGAACAUACAAUGAUGAGGGUCAAUAUACAUUAUAUACUGGUAUGGAAAAACUUCCAGCUGGAUGGUUGUUACCACCAUACAUUAUGCAAGGUAUAGCAAGUGCAUUAGUUGAUACAACUGUUAUGGAAGUAGCUUAUGUUUACGCUCCAGAAUCCAUGAAAGGAGCAGUGAUGGCACUUUAUCUUGUAGCAUCUAGUUUAAGUGGAUUACUUGGACUUAUUUUGUCUCCUGUAAUGAAACCGCAAAAUAUUAUGGUUGUCAUCUUUGCUCUUUGCGUUGCACUUCUUAUCGUUACAAUUCUCUUUUAUUUAUUAAAUGGCCCUGAAACAACCGCAAGAGUUGAUGUGAUAAUAGAAAUUAACAAUCAAGAUUCUGGCAUAGAGAAAAAACCAGAUACAUCUUCUGGACGUGAGAAGGAGUACCUUCUUCACAGAGGUGAUUAUGCUAAAGGUAGUACCUCUUUAGAAUAUGGUGGUGUUCCUCAAAAUAACAACGAGUUGCUGCGACGAGAGGCUGCAGAUAUUGAUAUUAUUGGUACUUCAUAA